AUGGUCUCAAUCAAAACCCAGGUUCUUAUCGUUGGCGCCACCGGAUACAUUGGAGGAUCGAUUCUUUCUGAGCUCCUGAAAUCGCCAGAUAGUUCUACACUCGCCAUUUCCGUCUUGAUUCGUCGCUCAGAGCAGGCAAAGACGUUUGAAUCGCUGGGUGUUGCCUCGCUUCCAUUUCAAGGCCUGGAUGAUCUGAAUGCUUGCAGGGAUGCAGCUUCUCAGCAUGAUGGUACACCGGUCACACUCUGGCCCUUCAAUAUAUUCCUUGCUGACGAUCUUACUAUAGUUGUAAUCAAUGCUGCCUCGGCAUCUCAUGAUACUUCUGCUAAAGCUCUGAUCGAAGGCCUUGCCCUGAGACAGAAGAAUACGGGGAGGAAUGCAUAUUUCAUCCAUACGUCCGGAACGUCGAUUUUAGGAGAUCAUCCCUACACUCGCACGGCAUCAUCAGAUCACAAGAUCUGGUCCGAUGAGAAAGAUGACAUCUAUGAAAUGGAAAAGCAACACCCUGAACGAUAUGGCCAACGUAUUACCGAUGUUGCGGUUGUUGAGAUAGGACUGAGUGUUGGCGUUAAAACCUACAUCGUCGUCCCUCCAACCAUAUACGGAAUGGGAUCUGGUCCAUUUGCAACUCUGAGCCAGCAGAUUCCCAACCUUGCACGCAUGGCAAAAAAGCGUGGAUCUGCUGCUGUAAUCGAGACAGGAAAGGCCACCUGGAAUCAUGUGCACAUGUCCGACCUGUCUGUUUUCUACCUUCGACUCUUUCGGGCAGUGAGGGAGCAGCCAGCAUGGCUUCCAUCUGGCCCGAAGGCUAUUUUCUUUGUUGAAAGUGGCGAGCAUACAUGGCUUCAGGUCAGCCAGGGUAUUGCAGACGCCAUGUACAAAAGUGGAUUGCUGGCCACAAACCAGGUUGAAUCGGUUAGCCUGAAGGAGGCAGCAGCGGAGAUCACGAAAGGGAAUGAGAGUCUGGCUGAGAUAUCUCUUGCUUCCAAUUCGCGAGCUCGUGCUGACUUUGGCCGCAAUCAAUUGGGUUGGAAUACCUCGCGAGGAUUGGAGGACUUUUUGACGCAUUUUGACGCUGAAGUCGAAGCCAUGCUACCAGAGUUGAGUUUGGAACAAUUGCGUUGA